UGCUCGAUUAAUCGAAAAUCUCGAAUCACAGCUGGUCGUGGCCGUGUUGAACAGUAGACAGCAGCUAAAAAAGUGCCACAAAAUAAUUAUUUUUCUUUCUUUCUCAGUGUCUUAAAAUUGACUUAAAAAUCGUGUAUCAACAGGAUCAACAAAUCACACGAUUGACGAACAUUAUAUGUUAUAUUUUCGUGUGUACUGUGUUUACCUAACCUCGAUCAAGCAUUCGUUUCAAAUUACAGACAAAUAUAUUUCAAGCACAUCAUAUAUUUUUUCUCUUUCUUUUCUUCUACUUCUCUUUCUAAUACUUUUCUAUCUAAUCACUCUAUCUUUUUUUUCUUAUUCUAUUUCAAAGUAUAUACAAUAGUGCGUAAUAAGUAAUAAAACGUAACACGAAUAUUGUAUCGUGAAUCUGUCGAUAAAAAAGUCUUACUAAAUUUAGUGAUAGUGUAUAAGUAGUUAACGAAAUAAUAGAAUAAGUAGAAGAAGCGAUCGCGGUGAGAUUUCUUAUUGCGAUAAACAGAAAGAAAGACAAAAUUUCGAAGAUUCACGGUCUAUGAACGCCAAGGGCCAAGGGGACCCUGGAGAAGAUCACGCUUCCAGAAUAUCUAUUACAAUACAAUAUUGUAAUCCCUACAUUCUGUUAUUAAAUUAUUAGGGGAGGAGCAAAGAGCCCUUGCAGCGACAUGAAGCGUGCAGUUGCCAAAAAAUUGAUUGAACGAUAUUUUUAUCAAUUAACUGAUGGAUGUGGCAAUCCUGAUUGUGAUAAUCAAAAUUGUGCAUCUAGUGGCAAAGUAACAAAUCUCACACCAAAUCAAGCUGCAGCACAAGCUAUUCAAUUAUUUUCCCAAGAAGCAAGACUUUGUGAUGGUACACAACCUAGUAAAGUAGCUCGAACAACUUUAGAACCUGGCCCAGCAUCAUUAGCUAAGAGUUUACCAGUUAAAAGUGUGAAUCCGACAUGUUCGGAUGAAGGAAAACAGGAUCCAUAUCUUACAGAAGCAAAACUAUUGGAUAUAAUAGAAAGAUGUAAAUCAGAGGGAUCUUAUUCACUAUUAAUUCGUACAUUGGGAGAGGUAUUUUCAUGUGCAAAGGCUUUGAGUCUUAGUUUCCAAAAAACAGUAAAAAAUGACUCUCCCUUGGCUGCACUUCUUGAUAGAGCUUCAGAUAGUUUAUUGAGGCCACCCGGUGACAUGGAUAAAGAAGCAAUCCGAUCUAUACAAGGAGAAGAUAAAGAAGAAGACAGCAGUGAACCAUCACCUACAGUUCCUAACAAUGAUGAUACUAGUAUUGAUUUACCAGCUGUACGAAGAGCUUUUGCUGCUCUUUGGUCCUUACCAGGAGAAGUAUUUAAGUCUGCUUUGGUUAAUGCACUAGUCACUUUGGCAGACAAUAUUGAAUUAGACUUGAGAGUAUUUCGUAUUAUGCCAGGAGAUAAUAUGGAUAGUUUAUUAAACGUAUUUUUAAUUGUAUUUGAAAUUCCUAUGCUUGGAAACAGUGAAUAUUUAGAACUUGCUCUUCAUAUGCUUUGUAAAGCACUGAGUUGUUUUCCUAUUGUGGCACAAGCUAAAUUAGCACGUGUAUGGGCUAAACAUUGUAAAUCUCGACUUCCAAGUAUUUUACAAGCCCUACAGGAAUUAAUAACUGUUAAGGUAAUAGGAGGUUCUUUUACACGAGAUUAUUGCGUUCAAGAUGCAGAUACUAUUACUGCACCCACAAAAGUUAUGAAAAUUUUAUAUUAUGCAAGUAUGUUAGCUGGUGAACUAGAUGAACCUGAUUUAAAUAUAGAUGAUGAUGGUGAAUCUACAAGUAAUGACAAAUCUGGAAGAUCUUUAUCACAAAUUCCUCAGGAUCCAUUAGCUAAAGAAUUAGGAAUUACUGCACUAGAUGCGCGGAAACCAUUUAUACCUUUCACUGAUUUUUAUAAUGAACCACUUAGUGAUGCAAUAGAAAUGGACAAGGACUUUGCAUAUUAUAAAAGUGAAGAACCUAUGAAAUUUAGUUUUAUGAAUUAUGCUUUUAUCCUCACUCCUGCUACAAAAACACUCGGUUUAUAUUAUGAUAAUCGCAUCAGAAUGUAUAGUGAACGUCGAAUGAGUUUUCUACAAACAGUUGUUGGACAGCCAACUAAUCCUUAUUUAAGAUUAAAGGUGAGAAGGGAUCGUUUAAUAGAUGAUGCAUUAGUCGAAUUGGAAAUGAUUGCUGUAGAAAAUCCAUCUGAUCUUAAGAAGCAAUUAGUUGUUGAAUUUGAAGGUGAACAAGGAGUCGAUGAAGGCGGAGUUUCCAAAGAAUUCUUUCAAUUGAUUGUGGAGGAGAUAUUCAAUCCUGACUAUGGCAUGUUCACAACUCAGGAAGAUACACAAAUGACAUGGUUUAACCCAACAUCAUUUGAAAGUGAUGCACAUUUUACGUUAAUAGGCGUUGUUCUUGGUCUUGCAAUAUAUAAUAAUGUAAUAUUAGAUGUACGUUUCUCUAUGGUGGUCUAUCGAAAAUUGCUUGGUAGAAAAGGAUGUUUUGCUGAUUUAGAAGAUUGGAGUCCCACACUGUAUCGAACAUUGAAGGAAUUGAUGGAUUAUACUGGAGAUGAUAUGCCAGAUACAUUUAUGCAAACUUUCAGAGUAGCUUACAAAGAUGUUUUUGGUUCAAUAUCUUUUCAUGAUCUAAAACAAAAUGGUGACGAACUAUUUGUGACACAAGAAAACAAAAAAGAAUUCGUAGAUCUCUAUGCAGAUUUUUUACUUAAUAAAUCAGUAGAAAGACAAUUUAAAGCAUUCAGACGUGGAUUUCAAAUGGUUACAGAUGAAAGUCCGCUUGCAUUACUUUUCAGACCCGAAGAAAUCGAACAACUUGUUUGUGGUAGUAAAGUUUUCGAUUUCGCGGAAUUAGAAGCCGCUACAGAAUACGAAGGUGGUUAUACCGUUGAUAGCAAAGCAGUACGUAAUUUCUGGCGUGUAGCACAUUCACUACCACCGGAAAGUCAACGAAGACUUCUUCAAUUUACUACUGGAAGCGAUAGAGUGCCAGUUGGUGGUUUAUCAAGGUUAAAAAUGGUUAUUGCUAGACAUGGUCCAGAUUCUGAUAGAUUACCAAUAGCCCACACAUGCUACAAUGUAUUAUUGUUACCAGAUUACAGUACAAUAGAGAAAUUACAAGAUCGUCUGUUAAAAGCAAUCAAUUAUUCGAAAGGUUUUGGCAUGUUAUAAGUGUGUAUAAAAGCUUUGAUAUCUUUCCCCAGUCUUUCAGAGUAUAUUGAAUUCUAAUUAAGAGUUCGAAAUUCUAUCCUUUUGUCCUGCUAUAAAGAUAUAUUUAUUCGAAAUUUAUGCAAACGCGUGGAAAUGUUCUGCUUUCGUAAAAUGAUUUGAAAAAAAAAAAUGAAAAAAAUUAUCCUCUAAUAAUACCUCGCAAUCGUUGUCCUCCAAUGUUUAUUUUGCAAGUUAAAAACUAGAAUUUUUCUACAAAAAAUAAUACAAAAUUUUUGCGAUAAUAUGCUUUGAAAUUUUCUUGCACCUCCGUGUUAUUUAAGGCGCCAAAGCAAAUUAACGCAUUUGAACAAGUCUUGCCAAGUUGUUUGAUAACUUGCACUUUUUCUGCACUUUAUUAUCAAUAUGAAAAAACAAUAUUUCAUUUCAUUUCCAAAUCAGCUUUUACAAAUUGGCUACUACAAUUUAUCUCAUUAAUUUUAAUCGUAAAAACAGAAAGAGAUGCAGCAUAAUGAAAUGCAUACAGCUUAAAAAUAAUAGUGAGAUGCGCGACUGUGAUGAGUGUGAAAAUGGACCGAGAAUAAUCGGUCAGAAUUUGUAGAGAAAUACGUAUCAUAGAUUUAGUGAAUCUUAUAGUUGGUACUCGAUGCUGCAAGGAAAAGCCGAGAAACACCCCUUUUGACGUUUAUCGUCAAGUUGUACACAAGACAUUUUAUAUAUUGCAAAAAAAAAAAAAAAAAGCAGAAUCAGGAUUGCUAAAUCUUUUUUCUUUCAUGUUUGUAUGUAACUCUUUGUUUUUACAUCACGUUUUAUCUUGAUACAUAAGUAUCAAAUAUAUAUGUGUAGUGUAUUGAAAGUCGUGGUACAAGCCAUAAUGAGGCUGUUUAUUGUAUAAAAAAUAUAUCUAAUAUGUAUGUAGAAUAACAAUUUCUUAUACAACUAAGUUUUCGAAAAAAUCAAGUUUAUUUGACAAAAGUACUUGACAAGAUAUUCCAAACUUGAUUUUCUCAAAAACGAAGUCUUUAAAAAUUUUUUCACAUAAAAUCAUCCUUUUUUUGACUUUUAUCAUGAUUUUCGAUACACCUUAUAUAUAUGAAUAUAUAUAGAUACGUAUACAUAUAACACUUGGGAAUGAAUUUGUAUAAACGUUUGUAAUCAGCGGCUUUCUUAAAAAAUUACUCUAUGUUGUCGGUUGUCUUAUUGUUAGUCACAUGACAAUAUAUAAAAUAAAGUUCUAACGAGUAUGUAAAUUUGUGCGCCAUUUAUUUUAGCAAUGUAUAGGAACAUAAGAAAUCUGUAUGUACGAAAAAAUAAUCGAAUUUAAAUGAAUCUCGUAUAUAUAUAUAUACUAUGUUGUCAAGUGAUAUUAGGUGCAAUUGAUAAUUUCAUCGUAUUUUCAUUUUCAAAGCAAACAUCUCCUCUCAGGAUGAAUAGAAAUGAAAAUUAAUUAAUAUUUACGCCGCUAUUACGAUCAAGAAGAACAAAUUAUAACUGGUGUUACAUUGUACAUGUAUUGUGCCGUAUUAAAAGAAAAAUCAGGAUUAUGUGUACUGAAAGUGAUCAAUCUACGAUCAAUCGUGUAUCCUGCUUCUUAAAUAUGAACGAUUCACAGAACCAGAACAAUUUCGAUUUUGUACCAAAGUCUGAUUAUAAUGAGAAAUUGCAUCUGGAAAAUAAAUGUCUUUUUCAUAAUCAA